CUUCCGUAAGGUUUUGACGGGGUCUCAGGAUACCAUUUGGCCGCUUUUUUACGUGAGAAAAUUAUGUACGUACGGUUCAGGCGAGAGUUUGGGGGCCGGUGUUUUUUCAAAUAAGAACUUGAGUUUUUUGGAUUUACAUUUUAAACGUAUGGCGGAUUUUAGGCCGUUAAGGGUGAUGGUAAAUGCCUACAUACCCUGCACGCUAAUUCUAUUAUCAGUCACGACAGUAGUUCUUGCCUCAUUUUGCCCGGAAAAUCAGUACCUGAAUGCAGCCGAGCAACGGUGCAUAAAUUGUACAGAGUGUUCAGACGGUACGGUAGUGUUACAUCCGUGCGAAUUGCACAGGAACACCUAUUGUGGACCCAUUAGUGAGUUAAGUGGUUUGUUGGUGAGAAGUGGUAAUCCGCAUAGGCACCAUCAUGAGAGACAUCGACACGAGAAACAUAGAAGUCGACAGGGCGAAGACGAAAUUGUUUGGAGGUAUGGGGACGAUGUCAAGUCGGACGCCCCAUCGCCUUCGGCGCUGGAAGUCGCCAGCUCAGAGGCGCCCUUCUCCGGCGCAGAAACGCUAUUCUGGGAUUGGCAGGCGGUAGCUCUGACGUCGGCAGUUUUUGCGUGCAUCCUGUUUUUUCUUGUGAUCACCCUGUACUCGUUGCACCAGGCCAAACAGUGGCGUAGGCUCAAAGAAAAUUUCGAAGCUGAUGUCGAAGAACUGUCAGCGCGUCUUUCUCUGAUGGCAGCCACGUCAACGGAGAAAUGCGAAUUUCUCGACGGUGACGGUACAGGGUUCGUUUGCAGCACCCCAACGACGCCGACGCAUACAACCGUCGGAGAUCCGAACUACCUAAACAGCAGAUGCGUUUACUUGGAACACUUGCUCAGCGUUCGGAAAGAAGACGAGAAAAACAGCAAAUCCAAACCCAAAGGGAACGUUUACAUCGAAGAAAAUAAACCUAAAAAGUAGAAAAGUGGAUGUUUAUAUUCUGAUGUAGAAAAAGUUUCUUAAAAAAAUCCCUUAUAGAAGUAAAUUAAUGUCACUAGCAACUAUUUCCCAACACUAUAAUGAAUACACUGACUGACGAAAACUAAGUUCCAAACCGGUCUGUAGCUAGCGGCAUUCAUUAUGGAUGGAAUCCAGCAGAGUCUAGUAUGGAAAUGUUAACAAACACCCAGAAACAUAACAAAUUGACAUGCACCUUGCUACUCAUUAGUGUUGCGAAAUAAAUGUAAGUUUAAAUGUGCGUUAAGUUGCUUAAUAGUUAUUUUCAAGCUUCUUUGAAUGCAUAAAAUUUAUGAUAUUUUGCCAGUAAAACUACAAGAAAAUUGUGAACAGCGUAAUUCCUUUGAAGUGUAAUAUAGAAGUACAAUUUGAUUUCAUCAUGUCUACCCUUUUAAGAUUUGGUUUGUUAUUUAAUUUAUUAUUGUUCCUUGACUUUAAUGUUUAAGUAUUUUUUUUAAGGGACAUACAACAGUCCUUUUAGGUAGGUACCCAAUGAUUUUCGUUUUGAUUGAAAAUUUUGUGGUACAACAAAAAGUAAUUACAUAAUUUAUUUUUCUUAAUAUUAUAUGUAUUUUGUAAUAUUAUUGUAUAUAAUUUUGAAAGUCAUUCAAUGGCUCAUGGUUGUAUUAUAUUUAAUUUAGUAAACUGCAGACAUUUUAUUUAUAUUUUCCAAUAUAUUUUCUAAAAAUAUUGGCAGCUUCAAUAAAUUUCAACUCAAAAUUAUUUUUGUUAAACUUUAGUGGCUCCUAUUUGUAUAUUUUCAUUUCCCCAAGUUACUUUUUUAGAAAGUUUAUUUGUAGAUACCCUAAUUUUCAGCUGAUUCAUACCUAUGUGUUAGAAUAUUGUAUAAAAAAUAUAUUGCCAUAAUGUAUUAAA